AUGGACUCAGACUCAGCAAGGAUCGAGCGCCUCAAAGCUGUUCAAAUGGCGGACCUCGGUACCGCGCGUCGGGAGUUCAUUUCGACUGCAGACAACCGCUCCAACUUUCCGCACAUUGGAUUGGAGGAGCUCGAGGCUCGUCGUGAAUCAAACAUCCCCGGAACCGAAGCCUUCAAAAAGGCCAAAGUCGAUAAGGCUGACCUAGACAGAUGGCAAAACUUGCACAAAACUGUUUGUGAUGAAGGCAGCAUUAAUACACAGCUUGAAGGAAUGAUGCAUGGGCAGAGUCACCGUGCACAGCUUAAUGAGAAUAUGCGUCAGCGACAGCAUCCUCCACACACCAUAUUUCAAUUCGGCGUGUCACAGCCGGUACCGCCGAAUAACUUCUCCAAUUUCGCAAAUCUGCCAGUCGCCAAUCAUCCAUAUCCCGCCACGUACCGUGGCCGCGGAGGAGGUGCCAUUGGUAAAAAGGGUCAUAGCAUUUUUACAUCUACAGUACCAACUGGCUUCCCAGCUCAGUCCGCACCCAUGCCCUCUAGAUUGGAUCCUGCCCUGGACAGCAAUAAUAUCACUGCUGCUUUACGUGGUGCCGGAAUCUAUAAAAGCAGAAAGCCUGCCUUUCCCUUGUUUGCGAAGAGGGGAUCAUCAUCGAAUCGUGGUGGGUUCAAAAAGCAUGUUAAACCCACUACACAAGAAUUUGACAGUAUCAAAUUUACCAGCGGCCCGCCCAUGAUGGCAACAAAGCCAAUACCGCCGGUGGCGAGCUUUAAAAUCGCAUCGCCGCAAGAAUUUCUGGCGCAAGCCCGGCCAUCGUCUUAUGCAUCGGAAUCUGCUACCGCACCUUCCAAGGUGCCUUCCCCCUUGAACUCCUCCGCACAGCCACGCAAGACAACUGGAACAGCCACGGCACUUGAUGUGAGGAACAAGGCUAAGAAGGCAGAUUUACACCUUGUCUCCCAGGCAGAUACCCCGACACCUUCUCCCCGUGCUCCAACCCAGAAAAACAUCGUACCACGCCCAAAGCGUGUGGAGACCCUGGCCAGGAAAGUGGAGGCAAUGGCGAGGGAAGCCAUGCCACUGCCGAAGAAGGUAGAAGUGACAUCUCCCAUGCUUCCAAUCAAAAUCUCCGUGAAAGCCAAUCUGCAAGACAGUGACAGCAAAAAGAAAGAGAGUCAGAGCACGGCUGGGGUUCUCCUCGACCUUGUCUCCACAGCUACAGCAACAGAAGAAGAUUCCCCGGCAACAUUCUCAAGCCCUAGCAUGACAGAAUUAUCAGGAAUUGAGUUUCCGAAAGAGAUCCUUGAUGCAAAUGUUGGGCCACCAAGUCCCAGUCCCGUUGGCCGGUCGGCAAAUGUUAAGACCAUUGCAACGAUGGUAGAUAAUGCUCUCUAUGCAAAGAGAUUGGGUGAGCUGCAGAAGAAAAUUGACAAGACAAUUUCAGAAAUGCAGAAAGAACUGCAGAAAGAAAUUGACGAGUCUGUUUCAGAGAUGCAGAAAGAACUUGCCGAAAAGCUUGGAUUUGGUGGAAAGUUUCAAGCUGGUUCCAUUUCACUUCAGAGCAUUUCCGUUCUGCCAUCUAUCCCCAAAGAUAAAGCCGCUGAAACACUCCUCGAAGUCAGCUCUUCCCACGCUGCAAAGAUCCAUGUUGCCUCCCCUUUGACCAACGUUGCUUUUCCUCUGCCUAAUGUUGCGCCUUCUUCGCUCAAUGAUGUCUCUCUACCCAGUAUUGCAUCUUUCUCCAAUCUUGCUACUGCCAAUGAGCCGACUACUCCUCCUGGGAAGAACUUCUCGGAGUAUCGCUCUCCUCCGCCAACAUCCUCCUCAGAAGAGUCCAAGGAAAGAUUCUACGAUGCCGCUGAGAUGAAUCAGUCGCCACGAAAAUCCGUUGGCACCGAGGGAAUCAAAGGAUUUGAGACGCUGAAGGUCUCUGAGACUUCUGCUCGGGUAGUUUACCGUGGACCAGUCCCGAUUUUCAAAGUUCCUGCGGUCUCGCAGAGUUCCUCUCAGUCCGCUCCCCCGAGAACACUGUCGGGAGGCGUGGAAAGUUCGAUCUACGCAAAGCCAAAGAUAGUUGGUCCUCUUCCUAUGGUCUUUGAAAAGCCUACGGGGGGACUGUCGUAUGAGCCCGUGGUUCUCCGUGACCUGAACCCUAUCAACAUGACGACGAAGCCCGUCGCCCCAACUGGGCUUCCGCAAUCCCGACUUGGCGCCAGUUCCUCCGCCAAUGUCCCCAAAGCGGUCUUUCCGCCGGCUAAGCCUGUUGCCACGGUUGUUCCUGCGCCUAAGAUCUGUGAAAAGCCUGCGAGAGGACUAUGGUAUGAGCCCGUGGCGAAGCCACACCCGCAAUUUCAACUGGCCUCCAGCUCCACCGCUAAUAAACCCACGAUGCUCUUCCCACCGGCCAAGCCCGUUGCCACAAUUGGGCCGGCGCCAUACCAGGCCAGCGCCGGUGCCUCCGCCAAUGCCCCCAAGGAAGUCACUCUGCCGAAGACAGCGGAGCCUAUUUCCCGGGUGAAAAUCCUGGGCCCGGCACCAUAUCAGCCGAAGCGAAAAUAA